UGAUGACGCAGCGGCAGGAUGGGGCGGGCAGAGCGGGCUGAGCACCGGGAGAUUCGAUCCCUGACCCGCGGUCCUCUUUAACGCUCCUGGAAGUAUUAAACCCUGGUAAAACCUCACCAAAAAACGAACCUGUUUGAGCUGUGUGUUAGCAGUGGAGCCAUGCUGUUACUUUGUGCAGUUAUCAAGAGGUGGAUCUGCGGCUGUUAAACCUUCACUUUCCUCAGAUGGAGGCCAUGGAGGUGGAUUCCCCUGGAGAGUUGCAUGGGGGGCGCAGUGGGCAGCCGGCUAUCGCUGCUGCAGCCGCUGACGCGCCGAUCAUCGUCCUAGACUCCGGCAGCAGCACGGAGGUAGACGAGGACGAGGACGAUGAUGGUGAGAGAAGACAGACGGAGGCUCGAGCUCCGCCAAGACUUCCUGCCACCUGGGCCUUCAGCCAGAGGGCGGUGGGCUCUGCAGCCUCAGCAACUCAGGGGGGCCCCAUGCGCAGGAGACUCAGGCAGGGCCUCAGGGUGCAUUACCCCAGCCAGACUGCGGCGCCCUCAAGAGGCUUCCCAGACUUUCUGUUGCGGGCACCUGCUGCCACCGUGGCUGAGCCGGGGUCCGGCAGCACCACAGAGAUCAGCGAGUCUGAGGAGGAAGAGGAGGAGGCAGAGCGGGGGGAUCAGGAGGCGAUGCCGGCUGCUCUGGAGCCCGUCGACCCCCCAGCGCUGCCCUUUAGUCCUCGCCUCAGCGCCCAACACACACACCCACAGGAAGCAGCUCCAAACAAUUCAAACGCUGAGAGGACGGACGCUGCAAAUCAAAACAUACAGCCGGUCCUCGUUCCCCCGGCUGUCGCCCCGUCGUCGUCGCAGGGCGAAGAAGGCGAAGGUGACGUCUGCUCCAUCUGCUUCGAGCCGUGGACGACGGCGGGCGAGCACCGGCUCUCCGCCCUGCGCUGCGGACACCUGUUCGGCUUCACCUGCAUCCAGCGCUGGCUCAAAGCUCAGGGCCCCGCCGGCAAGUGUCCACAGUGCAACAAGAAGGCGAAGCGCACAGACAUUGUUCUGCUCUACGCGCCAAAACUGAGAGCGCUCGACAACUCUGAGCAGGAGGUCUUAAAGAAGUCUCUGGAGCAGGAGCAGUCUCUGAGGAGGAAGGCUGAACUGGAGUCGGCUCAGUACAAGCUGAAGCUGCAGGUCGUCACCACCAAAUACGGACAAGCACAACAGGAGCUGCAGGAGCUCCGGGCUGUGAUGGCUGGUCAAGGCUCAGUUUACUCCUCCUCUUCCUCUGCGUCCUCCUCGCUCCUCCUCGGCCUGUCUCAGAGCUCCAGGGCGGCGCAGUACACUUUCUCCAAGGCGGUGCAGGUGUCUCAGGCCGGCGGGUCCAGAGUUCUGUCGUACUGCGAGCCUCUGAGCUGCCUACUGGCCUCGCAGCCCUCCCCCCACUCCACUCUGGUGCCAGGCUGUGGGGUGAAGAAGGUGAGCGUGGUGAACAUGAAGGCCAGUCAGUACGUUCCCAUCCACAGCAAACAGAUCCGAGGUCUGUCUUUCAACAGACAGAACGACAGCCUGCUGCUGUCUGCGGCGCUGGACAACACCAUCAAACUGACCAGUCUGCUGACCAACACGGUGGUUCAGACCUAUAAUGCCGGUAAGCCCGUGUGGAGCUGCUGCUGGUGUUUGGACAACAGUAACUACGUCUACGCCGGCCUGAGCAACGGCUCGGUGCUCGUCUACGACACCAGAGACACCAGCACACACGUGCAGGAGCUGCAGCCGCUGCGCUCCAGGUGUCCCGUGGCGUCCCUCUGCUACGUCCCGCGGGCGGCCUCCAGCUCGUUCCCGUGCGGCGGUCUGAUCGCCGGCUCUCUGGAGGGUGGAUGUUUCUGGGAGCAGGUGAACGAGACCACCUACAGACCCCACCUCCUGCCGCUGGAGUCCACCGGCUGCAUCGACAUCCAGGUGGAGACGGAGAGCCGCCACUGCCUCGUCACCUACAGGCCCGGCCGCUCCAACCCGUCCCUGCGCUGUGUCCUCAUGUCUCUGAACCGGACCCCCCAGCAGGACUCCUCCCAGCUGCCCCAGGUCUCCUGCUCCCCCCUGCAGACCUUCAGCGCCGGCACCUCCUGCAAACUGCUCACCAAGAACGCUGUCUUCAGGAGCCCCCCUGGGGGGGGGGGCACGCUGGUCUGCGCCGGGGACGAGGCCUCCAACUCCACCAUGGUGUGGGACGCUGGCAGCGGCUCUCUCCUGCAGAAGCUUCCGGCGGACCUCCCGGUGUUGGAUAUCUCGCCGUUCUCAGUGAACGGCGAGCACUUCCUGGCGUCGCUCACCGAGAAGAUGCUGAAGCUGUACAGGUGGGAGUGAGCGGGGAGGAUCCACAGACCAGGAAACAGAAACUAAAUCACACACACACACACACAUACACACACACACUUCCUGAGCAUGAGAGGACACAGUGUGUGUGUGUGUGUGUGUGUGUGGGGAGAAAUCAAAUGCUGCUUACACUUUCAUCUGCAAAGACGAGCAGAAGAACUGAGGAGGGAUCGACCCGAGGACACGUUUUUUGUUUUGCCUUCUUCCAUGUCCACGUUGCUGCAGGGCGGAGGAUGACUGCAGUCAGGUGUGUGAGAUACCUGGACAGGUGGAGGAGUGUCCCCCCCUAAUAUUAUGUUUACAUGUCUACAUAAAAAAUGUAGGCGGGUCCUUUUUUUAUGUUCAGAUCUUCUUCUCCGCUGCUACAGAACUCGAGGUGGAUGAAACUCGGCUGAACACAGGAUUAUCUUUAUCUGAUGGAGGUGGGACUUAAAAUAGUGGUGUGUGUGUGUGUGUGUGUGUGUGUGUGUGUGUGUGUGUGUGUGUGUGUGUGUGUGUGUGUGUGUGUGUGUGUGUGUGUGUGUGUGUGUGUGUGUGUGUGUGUGUGUGUGUGUGUGUGUGUGUGUGUGUGUGUGUGUGUGUGUGUGUGUGUGUGUGUGUGUGUGUGUGUUGUAACUGCAUCACUACUGAUCAUUAUCUGGUCACAUAACGGAGGUCUGUGAUUUCCAAGGGUCCUUGAACCCACCACGAACAAACUUGAGAAAAUGAUCAGUUUGAGUAAAAACACAUGAUGACGUUAUGUCGCUUUGAGGGAGAAAUAAAUCAUUAUGAAUGCUGAAUAUUUUCUAAAUUUAUAGUUUGGUGUAAAUUAUAUUUUUUAAAUGCCGGCUUUUGUCAGUGAAAAACCCCCAAAUAUUCAGUUUAACGUCAGAAAACCAGAGAAAAGCAGGAAAUCUUUAAAUUUAGGAGGCUAAAAAUAGCUUUUUCUGACAUGUUUGCGUGUCUUACUUUAAAGUGCUUGUUGAUCAUUAGAAAAUAUAUAUAUUUUCAGAUUAUUUUCCUGUUGAUGGAUUAAUAUUUGCAGCUCUAAAUGAAUGUGAAAUGAUGGUGUGAUCUGGAAAAUGUCAGUAGUGAUGUCACAUGUUUAUGAUUGGUCAGACCCAAAAUAUUCUCCAUGUUUUCUGCCGCCUUCCGUUACCACGUUAUUAAACUCCUCCUGAACAUCAAGUGCCAAAAGGACUCGAAUGUCGUGUACAUUUUCACUCUCCUUGUUUUCUUACUAAAGGAAGUUGUAUAUAUGUAUAUUUGCUACCAACUGUUUGUGUACGACUUCAAACUUAAUAAAAUCUAUGUUAUUUUUAACUAAA